UAUAAUACUACUUCUGAUACACUAGUUACUGAGGUAAAUACCAUAACACUACUUCUGAUACACUAGUUACUGAGGUGAAUAUUAUAAUACUACUUCUGAUACACUUGGUACUGGGCUAUUUCUUUUAAUACUACUUCUCAUACCCCGGUAUGUUGCGGGUGUAAUUCUUCUAAUACACCUGUUACUGAGGUAAUUAUAAUAACACUACUUCUAAUGCUCUAGUUUAUGAGGUAAAUAUUAUAAUACUACUUCUCAUAAACUAGUUACUAGGGUGAAUAUCAUAACACUACUUCUGAUACACCUGAGGUGAAUGUUAUAAUAAUACUUCUGAUACACUUGGUACUGGGCUAUUUCUUCUAAUACUACGUCUCAUAGCCUUGUUACUGGGGUAAUUCUUCUAAUACUACUUCUAAUACACUUGUUACUGAUGUAAUUCCUUUAAUACACCUGCUAUUGGGGUAAUGUUUUAAAUACUACUUCCAAUACACUUGUUGCUGGUGUAAUACCUUUAAUACACCUGCUAUUGGGGUAAUUCUUCUAAUUCUACUUCUAAUGCACUUUUUACUUGUGUAAUUCCUUUAAUACACCUGCUUAUGGGGUAAUCCUUCUAAUUCUACUUCUAAUACAUGAAUUACUGGUGUAAUUCAUUUAAUACAUCUGCUAGUGGGGUAAUUUUUCUAAUUCUACUUCUAAUACACUUGUUACUGUUGUAAUCCCUUUAAUACAUCUGACAGUGGGGUAAUUCUUCUAAUUCUACUUUUAAUACACUACUUACUGUGGUAAUUAUGAUAAUACUACUUCUAAUAGCUUACGGUUGGAUGUUUUACGAGAGAAUUGAUUACUAAAACAUCAUUAAAACAUAAUUAUGGACUUGUUACUUUUCCUACAAUGGUUGACAGACAGGGAUAUUGAGUCUAUUCGCUGUGUGAGAAUGAAAAAACUAUCUGAGACGGGAUUAUAUGUGAAGUACACCUGGGUGAAACUGCUUCACUACUAUUGACCAAUCAGAAUGAUUUAUUCAUCAUAUCGGUGUAAAAAUGUCCUUAAUGGAGAUGCAAAUUUAAUAUGGUUUGCGACGAUGACAUUUUAAGAAAUAAUGCCAUUAUGAUGACGUUCCUGGGACAAGUAUUCAGUUGCUCUAUUAUAAGUAACUUUGCUGACUGUUUCGGUCGUAAACCAGUAAUGGUUAUUUGUAACGUAGUGUUUGUCAUUUCUGCUUAUUUACUGGCUUGGACACCGAAUUAUAUUUUCUUGGUGAUUGUCAGAUUUUUUGUUGGAAUAGGAAUGGGCGGGCAAAUAAUAUCUACAUUUACUAUUGGAGUGGAGAUUGUGGGACCUUCUAAAAGACGUUUUACUGGUGUUGUAUCUAACCUCGGAUGGUGUUUGGGUAUAUUGAUUGUAGCAGCGUUGGCUUAUUAUAUAAGAACCUGGAGAUACUUACAUCUAGCUGCAGCCGUCUUGACAUCGUAUCAAUUAUUCUAUUUUUUAAUGUUACCGGAAAGUCCACGUUGGUUAUUAACACGAGGUCAACUUGAUAAGGCAAGAAAAUUAAUCAAGAGGGCAGCGGAUGUCAAUAAAACGAUUAUAAGUGAUGAUAUAUUAUCAAAAUUAAGAGCACCUGAAAAGCUCGCAACAGCAAAAUUUUGGAAACUUUGCUCAACAAAAAAAUUAACAGCGAGAACACUUACAAUUUAUUUUGUGUGGUUUUCUGUCAGUGUCACGUAUUUCGGUAUAAUGCUCAAUUUAGAGAUUUUGGUGGGAAAUAUAUAUCUGAAUCUAUCUCUAACAGCCAUCAUUGAAGCAGUCUGUUACACAUUUGUUACAUUUUUGAUAGAAACAUCAGGAAGGAAGAAACUUAUAUGUGGCUGUUAUUUUCUACAGAUUCUAUCAUUAAUAGCUGUGAUAAUUAUACAUUUAUACGUACCACCAGAUCUGAAUUGGUUGAUGACGGUAUUUACCUUGAUUGGUCAGUGUGGAACUAUAUGUAGUUUUGCUAUAGUUUGGUUGUGGACGAGUGAACUUUUCCCGACAGAAUUAAGGAAUGUUGGAACCGGUAGCGGUUCCGCUUUAGCACGGGCAGGAGCUCUGGUUGCACCGUAUUUAGAAUUAUUGAGUAAAUUAGUUCCCGGAAAAUUUAAAGAGGUUUCGCCAUUUUUAUUUUUUGGCAUUAUUUGUAUGGUUGCUCUAGUUCUAAUCAUCUGUGUUCUACCCGAAACAAACAAACAGAAACUACCAGAUACUGUAGAUGAUGCAGAAAGAGUGGAACCUGGGUCUGGAGAAACGAGAGAUAAUAUUAUGACUGGGAAAGAUGAAAUGAUUGAAAUGCUUAGUACAGAUUCUAAAUGCUGACAUCGAAAGAUACGUGUUUAUAUGGGACACAUUUCAUAUCCUUAUUUUUACCACUUUAUGGUAUAUCCUUGGACUCUUUAUGUAGUUCCAAAUUCCCCUCACUUUAUUUUAAAUUUUAUAGUAUAUAUACAUAUUCACGUAUUUGUAGUAGCAGAUGCUGACUAAAAAUUCAUAUACAUGUAGUUGCGAUUAGUCUUGGUCAAAGCCCUGGUCUUUGUGCCUUUGUUUUUUUUUAAAAUUAUAAGUAGUGUUUAUCUGAUAUUUAAAAACUUUAUUUGCUAAUUAAAUAUUUAAAGAACAAUCACAGCUACAAUUUAUUGUAUUAAUCAUAAAAAAGUCACAUGCGAUUUGCCUAUAUUUAUAUACCCAUGUUCAUUCGGCUGGACUAAGACUAGUAAUUAUUUCCCCUUAUUUCAUGUAGUGCGAGUUAUAAAUAGACAAUUUUUCCCUUAAUUUUUCUCUCCCCUCUUCCUGCAUUUUUUGGUUGACUUUUUGGUCUAGAAUUGGAGAAAAGGGAUCAAAUUUGCAAUUUCAUAGCAGUUUUGGGUAAUACUGAUGAUAUUAUAGCGGAGGGAUAGGGGGUGUAAAGUGUCUUUCUGCAGAGCAAUCAUUGUGUCGGAAGUGAGAUUUUCACCCCAGUCAACUUCAAAUCCGCGUAGCAAAAAAUCUAAAUGGUCAACCCCCUACAAAAUUAUGAUGAGGAGAUUGCCAAAUGUUGUCCCCAUUGUGCCUAUAAAGAUUGGAACCAACGGAAUCUUGAGCAAAAAGCUACAGCCUGUGAUGUUACAGUCAUUUAACAUUGAAGUCAACGGGCAAAGAAUUGCUAGUCUGAGUCUGGCUUAUUAUGUAGAGUUAUCCCCCCUCGGUCGUAGUGAUGUCACUUGUAAAUUGUACCCGUUCUAAUUUCAACAGGUGGGUGAGGGGUGGCGGUACACAAAAAAGCAGUCUUUUCAAUUAAACAUUUGAUCAAUUCAACUUAUAAUGCAUGUAAAGAUCUUUUUUGUGUUUAUUACAAUUAAGACAGAAGUUUUAAAUGUUAUUUUUUACAUUGACAUUAAAUAAAUUU